UGCACGUUUUUAACACACGUUUGGUGAACGACCUUCCGCCCUAUGCUGAUACAGGAUUACAGUACACGUCUGUCUUUAAAAGUUUAUAGUUUGCUUGAUAGACGUGUGGGCGAUUGACAUUACUUAGUUCUUAGAAUUACUUACAAGUUGGCCUACAAUCAAUGCUGAAAUUGUUUUAAUCAUCUAUACCAGGUUUUAGAAAUUAACUUAAAAGAUGACGUUUAUGGACAUGGACGCUGACCUCUCACCCAGCGUGUCAGUGAGUUUGUUGUUGGCCACCUCCAUUGUCCUGCUGUACCUUCUGUACACGAACCUCCUUGGCAAGGAGAGCUGGGAGAAAUAUGGCGUCAAGCAGAUCAGCUUGGGCAGGCUGGCUUUGGCUGACUUCAGAGUCCUAACCUCCACUGUGGUAGCACAGCAUGGAGACACAGUGGGGCUUAACUUGGGCAGAUUGACCUUAGUGACCCGUGACCUUGAACUGGCCAAACAGGUCAUGGUGAAGGACUCAAAAUAUUUUUUGGACCGGAUGUCGACGUUGGUCACCCGGAGCGCCAUGGAGACCGGUCUUUUCUUCUUGGGUGGGGACAAGUGGAGAUCAGUGCGACAUUUGUCUACUCCAUCAUUCAGCACAGGCAAACUUAAACACAUCAGCAAGAACAUCGAAGAAUCAGCUCAAAAGUUGGCCACAGUGUUGGAGGAGUUUGCCAGGAACCAGACGCUGUUGCCAGUAAAGCACAUCACGUCCCAGUACACGAGUGAGAUCAUUGCCAGAUCGGCGUUUGGUUUGAGGACAGACUGUCUGGGGAAGGAGGACGACGAGUUCACUUAUUAUUCUAAAAAUAUGUUUCGCAUCAGAGGGAAAAUAUAUGACAAGAUAAUGCACCUUAUAUUUCGAUCGAAGAAGCUGCAUAUUUUCCUGUCAAAGACAUUAGGUAUAAGUAUGUUUGACAUGGUCAACAAGAACACAGACAAGUACUUCAAUGACCUGAUAUCAGCCCUGAUCACACAGAGGGUGGAGCUAGAGAGGCAGGGUACAAACAAACCAACAGACCUGCUGCAGAGUUUGGUUGCUGCUAAACUGGCAGGUGACAAGGAGGUCGCUGAACACGUAUCAGGUGACCAGUCUAGUGAGAAUCUUCCUAAAACGAUGUCUGAACGAGACCUAGUGGGCCAGUCAAUGCUGAUCAUAUUCGCUGGGUUCGAAACCACGGCCUCGACAUUCCAGAUGUGUCUCUACAUGAUGGCCAAGCACCCGGAUAUACAGUAGAAAGUGUACCAAGAGAUCUGCUCCGUCGUGACCUCUGACUCCCCAACGUACGAAGAACUGGGUCAGCUGACCUACUUAGAACAGGUCAUUAACGAGACUCUCAGAUUUUACCCCCCAGUGCCACUGGUCAACAGAAUCGCCACUGAAACUAGAACACACGGCAACAUAACCAUCCCCAAGAACGCCA